GCAUGGCCUAGGAGUGAUCAAAUGGUUUCUGGGGGUCGACGAUUGUAAUUUGGUGAGAUGCAUAUGGAUCCAUGUGUACGUAUGUUUAUUCGCCCUCCAAAUCGAAGUGCACUGGUACUGCUGUUAAUUUGUACCUCAACCUGCAUGGGCAACACUUUGACUUCGAGGGACAAGAGUCCGAAGACCAAGACCAAGACAGAACGCAAGGCCGCAGAGGCGAUAGAACUUGAGCGACGCAAGGCUCUCAGAGCUCAAAGAGAGUUCGAAGCUUUUGGAGCGGAACGCGAACAGAGACCAGGAGUUUUGUCUGUAUACGAAGUCUGGUGGUGUCAACAAUAUCAAUGGCUAAAGGCUCAAGGGUACUUACUCCGUCCUCGAUACGCUCCGGGAUGGGUACCAUCAUGGGAGGGUUCACGGCGUCACCCUUUUACUUGUGAAGAUGGUCACGUUUCCGAAUUUGCUCAGAUCAUUGAUGCGACUCGUAUGUCUGAUGGCUUGUCUAUUUCUCUCAAAGUGGUGGACAAAUCGGUAUACCCUCACGAGGCAGAUAUCGGACAAUAUUUUAUGAUGGAGCACCUUGCCUCCGAUCCCAAUAACCACUGUGUCCCCUUUCUCGACGUACUAUCAGUGCCGAACGAGGAGGAUAAGCAAAUUAUCGUGAUGCCUCUGUUGCUUGAUUUUACCAGGCCUCGAUUCGAUACCGUCGGCGAGGUGGUGGAAUGUCUAAGACAGUUAUUCGAAGGCUUAUUUUUCAUGCACAAUAACCACGUAGCGCACCGCGACUGCAUGUCGAGAAAUAUCAUGAUGGACGCGAAAGACCUCUACCUUGAACCUUAUCACCCUGUCCAGCCUCACAUGAAGCGUGACUUCAGUGGCUAUGUGAAGCAUUUUACUCGCACUCAGCGGCCACCGAAGUACUACCUGAUUGACUUCGGCUUAUCACGCCGGUAUGAUGCCACCGAUGAAAACCCACUAGAAUACCCGAUUUUUGGGGGCGACAAAUCAGUGCCAGAAUUCCAGAAGAAUGCCGACGUGCCGAUGAAUCCCUUCCCCACCGACAUCUAUUAUCUCGGAAACGUUAUCAGACAACAGUUCCUGUAUACUAGAUCGGGGCUCGAGUUCUUAAAACCUCUUGUUGACGACAUGGUACAGGAUGAUCCCAGCAGGAGACCUACCAUCGAAGUGGUAGUCAGGCGGUUUGACUCGAUCCGUCAAAAACUAAGCACAUGGAAGCUGCGUUCCCGUGUCAUUUCCAAGGAAGACGGUCUUCUUGAAAACAUGUAUCGUGGAGCUGCACAUUGGCGGCGGCGGAUAGGCUUUAUCGUCAAGCGUGUUUCAGCUAUACCCUGCCCUUCGGAAUGAAACACGCCUCGUGGGAUGCGCACAUACUGGGAUACGAUCAUGAUGUGAGAAGGCGCUUGAAUGUGAAACGCUCUGGGCUGAGGAUAUGGGAUGAAGUCUUGGCCAAGUUCUACCCGCCGGUUGUUCCUGCAUGAUUAGCACACGUAUAAUAGGUGUCAUGCUUCAUUGUUAUACAUUAUUACCCAUGAGUUUUAGGUAUCAUAAGUAUGUAAGGUU